CUUUUGACAUUUUGUAAUUAUUGAAAUUGUAUCGGAACAAAGAGAUCGUUUUGUCGGUAUCAGUAUUUUUCUUAAAUUAUGGAAGGAAUUCAGGUUAUAACUCAAGAUUUUUUAAAUGUACAUAUAACGAAGUCUGAUAGCGAAGAUGCAGCUCCGGUUGAACGUAGAUUUAAAAAGGGAAUUACUAUCCAUGAAUUUAAGACUAAAUUGGAGCUCGUAACUGGUGGCUCAGCUUCAACAAUGAAACUAAAAGUUUUUGACAACAAAAAUAAUUUUGUGUGUGACAUAAACAAUGAUGAUGCCUUACUUGGUUCUUACCCUAUUGAUGAUGGUAUGCGGAUACAUGUAAUAGAUAAUUUCACUUUGUUUAAAGACUUUGCAGAUGCUGACAGUGCAGAAAGAUUUCGAUUGUCUGAAGAAGAAUAUGAAAAAAAAGGUGAUACUCUACGUUCAUUUCUCCAACGUAACAAACUUGGCAAAUAUAAUGAAGAAGAAAUGAUCAAGAUGAAAGAGCAACAGCAAAAGGAAGUUGAGGAAGAAGCUAAACUAGCGGAAGCGGUGCUGGUGGGGGCGCGGUGCGAGGUGCGAGUGCCGGCGCAGGGUACGCGCCGCGCCACCGUGCGGUACAACGGUCCGCUGGACAACGCGCGCGGACUGUGGAUCGGCGUGCAGUAUGAUGAGCCGCGCGGGAAGAACGACGGCUCGGUCAAUGGCAAAAGAUAUUUCACAUGUCCACCUAAAUAUGGAGGUUUUGUAAAACCAAUGUAUGUCACUGUAGGUGACUUUCCAGUGGAGGAGUUUGAUUUGGAAGAUGAAAUAUGAACACUGACCAAGGUGUAUCAAGAAAAGAGGAUAAUGCUUUAAAUUAUUUAACAGUGGCAUCAAGGUUAAUACAUUCAAAAUAAUAUUCUUUAAAUCGACUUGAGUAUGUAAAUGAGUUCUUAUUGAAUUUUGUAAUGUAAUAUUUUAAAAUUAGAUUUUUGUGUCCAAUCAUUUUACUAAGUUUUUUAAGUAAUUUAUGUAACAUUAUUUUACCAUUUUGUUUUUUAAUAUUUCAUAUUUAAUAAAAAUUAAAUAUUACAUAAUGUAUAAUUGGAUACACAAAAUCACGAUAAAUGUUGGUGAAUAGUUUUGGUCUACAAUGCUACUGAUCAAAUGCAAUUAUUUUUAUAAAAUAUUUAUCUAGGUGCUUAAACAUAAUCAUAAAUUUAGUUAAUGUAUAAUUAUCGUCUAAAUUAAGCUUUUUUCUAAUUUUCAUUAUAAUUAUGACUUUACUGCUUAAUUUGAGGUAACAUUACUUAUAUAUUUCAUAAUCAUGUUUUCAAAAUUAUAUUUUUAUUUGCUAAAAUUAAAAUAUCGAUAAUUUUAACACAUUCCGGUGUAAUGUUUUUGGUACACGGGCUGCGGUUUCGCCGAGGUCGUGUGUCUUAUGAGGCACACGAGCCGUGGUUUACUACAGGCCCUCGGACCAGAGACUUGUCAAAAUAGUUAGCGUUUUCUUUGUGGACUUGUGGCCAAAGAUCUUAUAAAUAGAAAAUUUCAAAAUCAUGUCAAUUUUUUUUACUGUUGCUGUAAUUACACAAAAUAAAACAACUUAAUAUAAAAUAAACGAGGUUUUAUUGGUGAACUGGGACUUUAGAAAAAUAAACAAUACAGUAUGCUUUUUGCAAAUUUUACAUUGCAUUGAAACCUUUCUGGCUUGGGCCUGUGCGUAUGGAGCAAGUCGAUCUUCAUCACCUUUAGGUUUUGGUAGCCCACGCCUCGUCUUCGGAUGGAACGAAAUCUUUUCUUGCCUAAAGACUCCAAACAAUGUGCGUUUCUCAGCGGUGUACUUGAACUUGAAGGCAGUCUUCCUGAUGAUGGCCCUGGUAAUCCUGAUACUAAUGACCUUUAUAACUCUGCAUGUGAUUGCGGUGUUCUUACUGUGCAGAAAGAGCGUAUUUCACUUGAUCGGUGUGCAAAUUCGGGCUGUAACAAUUUUUUCACAAUAGCUUCAUGUGCAUGUGGAUGCAUCUCAAUAUAUAUUAUCGUAGAGUUCACUACAGCUAUCGUUAGUAAGUCUGUUGCAAUCCUUUUAUAUCAUGUUAUUGUUUUUCGAAUAGGAGGUUGCUAUUUUUUACUUAGGAUCAUAUGAGGCUUGAGUUUUGGGAACAAACAUCUCUUUUGACCCUCCAUUUGAGUACAUCGAGAUGGACACGAAUAAGACUAUUUGAUGAUCUGGGCCUGAUCUGGAACGCUUCUUUGGUGAACCUCUAACAAUAUUUUCUACUGGUUCCUAUAUCUCUGGCCCGACUUUUAAAUAUCUCAAUACUUUACAAAGAUAUACGAUAAGUUGACAUCGAAUAAUGGCCAAAAAAUAUAUAAUCACGCAUGGACAAAUAUCGUGUUUCGGAACGCUUGUAUGUGACUGUUAACGUUUUAAUUGAGUGUAUAACGCCAUAACAAAUUAACAUUCCACAGGUGACAGGAUUAUAACGAAAUUUCAAUAGACUUUGUUCAUUAAAAUGAAAUUAUAAAGUACUCUGUA